AACAAGCGAAUCGCCUGGUUAAAGAUAAACCCCUGAAAAGUCAGGUGAUUAAAGUGUUAUCUCUAAAAUGGGAAAAGUAAACAGCCCUGACGAACACCAUUUAAAGUCACUAAUUCGGACGACAGUUCGCCAUAACCUCGUGUGUACAGACUUCUGAGGAGUCUCAUACUGGAAAGAAAUAGCUACCCAUUACUCCGUUGUUUCGAUGGUCCUCUGGCUAUAUAAAUUACAAAGUGAUCAUUUCCCUCAAAACCUUAUAUUCUAUUCAUUUUGUUGAUUUUCUCAUCGUGCCAAUAUAAAUUUGUUAGAACGCGCGGACGAAUAUCUACACUAGAUUCCCCCCAAAUGUUUAUUCUACAGGAAUUCAAAACAACUCAGACCAAGAGUACGUGAUUAGCCUGACUAGAAUUUAAAUAUAUUUCCACACAAAAAACCUACAACAAUCCAGUAAUAAUAAGGAUAAGAGAAUAUAUAGCGCAUUUAACGCCUGUCAGAAAACCUACAAGUCUGACUAAGCAAACAGCCAAUCAUUAUCGCCUUCCCACAGACAUCAAAAUUAAUCGUCCUGAUUUAUCAAAUUGUCAGAUAAGGUUCUGGGGAUAACCACAAGUGAAUUCUCUAUGGGUUCCCAAAAACACAAAAUUUAUACACGGUUCUCGAUCCGUAUGUUUUAUAUAAAAAGGCUUACUUUUUGAUUCAGAUGAUAAAAUCUAUUUGUAUUUAUCAUUGUUAUUUCUCAAGACUGGGAAUGAUAUUUCAUAGUAUCAAGUUGUUAGCAUAUAUAGAACUAAAAUAACCCAUUGUGUCAUUGAAUAAAAAUAAAGAGGAUUCAGCAAAGAAAACCCAACUAUAAAUACGAAUGUACGGCGUAAACAAAUGAUUUCGCGGAAAAGAGAAUUUUCUUCGUUUAAUUCUCUUUUUUUGUGCUUGCUAUAAUUUUCAUUACUUCUUUAUAGUUGGGAAUAUCUCCUCUCCAUUUCGCUGCUAUGAAUGGACAUCUUAGUUCAUGUGAAGCGCUCCUACGUGCUGGUAUUAGCAGGGACGCUCGGACUAAAGUUGAUCGUACUCCUCUCCAUUUAGCUGCUCAAGAGGGUCACGCAGAUAUUGUGGAGCUUCUGUUACGUAAUGGAGCGGAUCUUAGUGCUAAGGAUAUGUUACGUAUGACAGCACUACACUGGGCAGCUGAAAGAGGUCAUACACCUGUUGUUCAAAUGUUGAUGCGUUUUGGAGCUGACGCACAUCUCCAGAACAAAUUCGAGAUGACUCCUUUAGAUAUAGCUGAAUGUAAGCAACACGAUGAUGCUCGGGAUGCCAUGUUAGUAAGUCAUAUACGUAUCUGUCUUUUCUGAAACUAUGCAAAGUUUAUAUUCGGUUUUUACAUUGUCAAUUAGGAGACAUUUUGGUAAAUAUUAUAGUUCAAAUAUCGUGAUUUCAUUUACAUGUCACUGAUUAUUAUACUAACAGGAAGUACAUGUUACUAAAAGAUUGAUCUGAAUUGCAAACCACCCGUGCAAAUCGUAAUGUUCCACUGUGAUGACUCUGGAAUAAGCUCGUCACAUUCUAGACGGUAAGUUGGCGAAUUUUGUAGACUAACACACCUAAUGAUUUUGUAUCAGUUAAUAAGCUGAAUGCUACAUUGACAUUAGUAGAUGAACUCAAGUGUAGGAUUAUUAUCCUUUCUACAAGAUAACAGGAUAGUUGUCUGUAACUAGAAAGAAUCUAAAGCAUACAAUUUACUUUAAGUUACUUUAUCUUCUAUAAAUGGAUGAUAACCUAUACCGUACAAAAAUGGUAUAUUGUUCAUCUCAACAUUUUUUUUCAUCAACUUUCGAAAUCUCUACAGAAUACUCAGUAUGAUUUAGUAUCGUCAGUCGGUCGUAUGGCUGCCACGAAUGGGGAUAUAGUAGGUGCUAACGCAUACAUCUUAACGGAAGAAGAGACGUUAGUUCCAGCUGCUCCUCCAGCUGAUGAGGUGACUGUCACCGCGACAACGGUUGAGGAGUCUUCCAACAUACAAGACUCUGAUAUCUCCGAAACAUUCUCAAAUGGUGGUGAUGCUUCUAAUGAAGAUGAAAAAAUUACAACUCUUACGAAAGUAAAAAGUGGUCACGGUGGUUCUAAUAAACGAAUAUGGAAAACUGAAUUAAGUGAAAAUACAAAUGUCAAUCUUCAUGGUGAAAAUUCGGAAGCCCAAACCACUCCUUAUUCAUUAUCACAGUCAACACAGGCAGAUAAUACAAAUUCUAUUCCGAAUAUUAAAAAUAAACCAAAUUUAUCUGGUGAUAUUUUAUUGCCUUUGGAUGAAGAUUGUCCAAGAGAUGUUAUGAUAGUUGAAACUCCGGAUGGUGAAACACUUUAUGUUCAUCAUCAGUCUAAUGAAGACGGUUCCAGUGGUCUAGUCAUUUUGAAUGACACAGGUGAACAGGUGAAUAAUCCAACUUUGAUGGCACAAGUAAUGGACGCGUUAGUCGCUUUGCCAGAAAAUGUAAUCAAUGAAACUUUAAAUGCAGAUAACUCUAACGUAAAUAUUGAAUCGGAGUUAGAUGCUUCAUCACUUCAACGCUUGGAAAAGAGUCCAAAUAACAGAAACCUGAGGUCAGAAUUCAACAAGACAAUCGUUAAUAAUGAUAGGUUUUUUCAAACUAGCACUAAUGGGUGUCAAACCGGAGGUCGACGACUAAGCCCUACGCAUACUAUAGAUAAUGAAGAUGAUGACGAAGAUCUUGACAACGAUGAAUCAGAAUCAUUAGUAGCUCACUUAGCUGCAUUUGCCAACCAGCCUGAAUCCCAACAAACAACUAUCUGUGUAGAAGGAAUGGGAUCUGGUGCUUCAACCCAUGACUUAAUAAUGUGGUGCUUGUACAAUGGAAUAUUUAUUCGUGGCUAUGCAGAUGAACCAACCUUUAUCAUCGAAUUCGUUUACCAGGGUGAGGCAUAUACCCUUUCGGCGUCAUAUGAUUCACAAUCUGGUACUAUCAAUUUCUAUCAUGUGGAGACUAACCAGAAGUUAUAAGAACACCAGAACAUAAAUUUAUUUCAGUUUUAUUCUGUACAUAUGUCUAUUGCAUUUUUAUCAAAAACAUAAAAACCUUCUUUACU